AUGCAGGUGACAAUCGAGAUCACCAGACAGCAGGUGGAAAAGGUCUUUGGUCUGGACGAGUACUGGUGUCAGUGUGUGGCCUGGAGCACCACCGGAACCCAGAAGAGCCAGAAAUCCUACAUCCGGAUCGCUUACCUCAGGAAGAACUUUGAGGAGGAACCACAGGGUAAAGAUGUGGCAUUGGACCAGGAGGUGUUACUGCACUGCCAUCCCCCCGAGGGAGUGCCACAGGCCGAGGUGGAGUGGCAGCGAAACGAGGAUGUUAUUGACCCAGUGAGCGACCCCAAUUUUUUCAUCACCGCCGACCACAAUCUCGUCAUCAAAAAGGCCCGGCUGGCGGACACGGGCAACUACACAUGCGUGGCCAAAAACAUCGUGGCUCGCCGCAAGAGCACCUCCGCCACAGUCCUGGUCUACGGUAAGAGACAACUGCUUUUCUCAAAUGGAGUCCAGGUAAUGCGUGCUGCUCUGUCCCUCCCUCCUCACCCCUCACCCCUCCUUGGGUGCUCCUCAUGCAGUGAACGGUGGCUGGUCCACGUGGACUACCUGGUCAUCCUGCAGUGCCGUGUGCGGCCGGGGCUGGCAGAAGAGAAGUCGAAGCUGCACCAACCCUACGCCCCUGAAUGGAGGGACAUCAUGUGA